GAAUUACGUGUUUUUCCUAUUUUGAACGGCAUAUAAAGUGGAGUUACGUGGUUUUCUUGUGUUAACAACGAUUUUCUAUUUAUUGAAAUAUUUAUCUCUUAAAUGCUUCACAAUAGGCGUAUUUUUUAAUUUUCAGCGGUGGGCCACACGAAGUAAAUGUUUUCAAACUAUUUAAAUAUGAAUAUAUUUUCGAGGCCAGCAGUUAUGAAGGCUAUGGUUCGACCAACGCUCGCUCAAAUCCACAACCACAAAAUAUAUGGGCAUACAACAUACAACUAUAACUCAACUCUACACGAGUUGUAGACACGUACUUAUUCUGGGAUUGGUCAAUUUACUAUUCCUAUCUGGAAGUGGUUGAUUGGUCGUCGUUAAAUAUGCUUGACUUUGAUUGGCUAUAAAUUUUAAAUUAUAGGAUUUAGGCAUUCAUAAAGCUAGGUUAACGUUUUCAAAACAAACUCUUGACGUCCCAAAUUUUGACCAUAUGCUUUUGUGAAUUUCGCGACAAUGUUUUGAAUGAUAAUAUACAAUUUAACCAACGAAAUCACAAGUACUGCUUCCAAAAAUGCCGACCACUUCAUCAGCAUCUCACCGCAAAAAGUUCAUAGUGUAUGCUGGAGGAAUCUUCAUCUCAUAUUUCUACUAUGGAAUCAUGCAGGAAAAAGUAACCAGAGGCAAAUACACUACGACAAUCGAAGAAAACGGGGUAACAGCAUCCAAAACAGAGAAGUUCACGUUCACUUUAAUUUUAGUAGCUGUGCAAUGUCUGAUCAAUACUAUUGUUGCUAAAAUAGCGACAUUCAUUUGGCCCCAAGGUGAGGACAAAACACACAAAUUGUACUAUGCCAGUAUGUCUAUUACAUAUCUAUUAGGGAUGAUCUGUUCUAACAUGGCAUUGCAGUGGGUGCCUUACCCCACACAGGUUGUGGGCAAGGCUGCUAAGCCUAUUCCAGUGAUGAUACUAGGCGUGCUGCUGGGGAAAAUGUCUUACCCACUUAGAAAGUACGUUUUCGUGUUUAUGAUUGUACUAGGUAUUAUUCUGUUUAUGCUGAAAGAUAAAGCUGAGGUAUUGACUGAAGAUGCAGGUGUGGGUGUUGGAGAACUACUACUGUUCCUAUCCUUGCUUAUGGAUGGGCUAACGGGAGCUAUACAAGAUAGGAUAAGAGCUGAAACAAGACCCACAGGCCUGCAAAUGAUGUUUGUUGGGAAUGCUUGGAGUACUUUCUUCUUAACAAUCAUGAUACUGGUCACAAAAGAAUAUAUACUAUUCUAUGACUUUGUGCUCAGGUAUCCAUUUGUACUGACUAAUUUAUUAAUAUUGGGGCUGACUUCUUCUGUAGGACAAUUAUUCCUUUAUAAUAUGGUUUCUGAAUUUGGACCAUUGGUGUUGUCUGUGGUAACAACAACAAGAAAGUUUUUUACUGUUUUGUUCUCAGUGAUAAUAUUCAGAAACAAUCUUACAUUGAGGCAAUGGUCAGGUACAAUCAUAGUAUUUGCAGCCUUAUUCUUAGAUGCCUUUUAUUCCAAGAAACGACCUCCAAAAAACAAAUAAAGCAGUUUAUGUUUUGGGCAAUAUGUAAAAAAGAAGGAAUCAAUAUUUGUAUUGCUUUUUUUAGACUUUCCUCGGUAUAUGUUUGCAAUGUAAGAAUCAAUUAUGUAAUUUAUAUUGUCAUGAUUUUUGUUGAUUUUAUUUGGAUUUCUGUGAUAAACCAUUCAUGUUUACAAUGUUAGUUUGAACAUAAUCUGAAAUGUUAUCAUUUGAAAGUAC